AUGAGGAAGAUUUUUGGACGGGUCGUAGUGUCUCCAAUUACAAUGGGAAGGCUGAACGAAGUUAUAGGCAACGCCAUGAUUCCGGUUACCCUCUCUUUCGCUGCAAUAAUAAUCAUCAUUCUACUUUCCCAAUGGAACAUGCCAGGAAGUUUUAAAGGAGCUCCAGUUUGGCCUAUUGUGGGUAUCCUUCCCUCCAUGAUUCUAAACUUGGGCCGCCUCUACGACUGGUAUACUCAUAUCCUUGUUCUAAACGGCUUAACGUUCAGGCUGCCGGGCCCCUGGAAAGCUAAGAUAUUGACAGCCAACCCUGAAAAUAUAGAGUACAUGGUGAAAACCGCGUACCAUAAUUUCGGCAAAGGGGACAAAUUUAAGGAGAUGUUUGCCGACCCGUUUGGCGAUUCCGUUCUUGUUCAAGACGGAGAGCCCUUCAAGCAAAUGAUUAAGUCCAUCGCUUUGGCGUUCGCCUCUCCGGCCUUCCGUAACAAGACCGUCACGACCUUAUCCGCAGCGGCACACAAAAAGCUGAUACCCCUGCUAUCUCACGCCGCUGCAAACUAUAUUCCCCUCAAUCUGCAGGAUGUGUUCCGACGCCUUGCUUUCGACAAUACAUGCAUGGUCGGGUUUGGGAUUGACCCCGCUUCGCUCGAUCUAGAUUUAACCACGGUUCCCUUCUUGGAUGCGUUUGAUGGGGCGAUAGAGGCGCUGCUGUUGAGAGCCAUUCUGCCUCGCUUUUGCUGGAAAAUGAUGAAGUUCUUGCGCCUUGGGUCGGAGGCCCGGCUAAUAUCCGGCCGGGCGGUCGUUUAUGAGUUUGUGGACGGCUUGCUCGCCCGCCUCUCCGCUGCCGGUUAUUAUCUCUAUGAUUCUCCAUGCCUGGGUGCCUUUUGGACCUACAUCCGGCUUGAACGAGAAAGCGGACGGGAUUAUUCUCUUGAAAUGAUCCGUUAUGGCGGGCAAGGAUACGCUUUCUGCCGCGCUGACGUUUUUCUUCUGGUUGGUGGCUCAACACCCGGAAGUUGA